GGUUCUUUAGAUUCUGGGUGUCUGGGGAGGGCAGUCUGAGCCAUUAUUGCUGCUGCCGUUCUUAAUAGGAUUCAAGCUUCCCCAGCUGCUGUGUCUUUUUCUCUGUGAUAAUGGCCCAAAUUCUUCAACGAGUCCUGUGGCUUUUCAUGGUUGCUGUUAUGAUCUCUGCCCAGAGAACUUUUAAAACAACUGGACUGAGGCCUCAAUGCCUUGGAAAUGUCAUAAGGCUCACAAUUGAUAAAUCCUUUACAAUUGGAGGCCACCUUGAAGUGGAUGCAUUCAAUGGAAGUCAUUAUUACCCAAUCACACCCAGCAUGGCACCUACAUGUGGCUACCGGAAGACUAUUGACCCUUGGGGCAAUGUUAAACUCUUUGCCUCAGUCUUGAGCUGCCACACUCAAAAUCAAGACGAUGAGGAUUUUAACAUGAAGGUGCGUGUUACAAUAAAUAGUGAACAGAAAGCUGACAAGGCAGACAUGCAUGAAGUGUCCAGGACAUGCAAAUACAACCAAUGGGCUUCUCGUGAGAUUCUGUGUGACCGGGACUUCAUGGAGGUGUCGGUGAACAGGUUGCCCCCACCGGCUGACCAAGCUGUUCAUCCCGAAAUGGAGGAGGAUCAAUGGGCUGCGAUUCCUGAGACUGUGACCUCUAAGAAGAGCAUCUGGAGGAUGGUUUUUUUCACCCCAAGAGAAAAGUCCUUGCUGUUGACUGAGGCUCAAAAUCUUGGUUAUUUUGUGGCCUCAACCCCAACAAGACUUGUUAUCCGAAGCCGUCCCAACACCACUGAGAUCUACACUGAAAAUGUUGCUGGGAUCUCGAUGAACGUUCUAAGGGUAACUACCUAUUUCAAGGACCUAUGGUCUGUGACCAUGCUUGAUUCUGCAGCAGCCUGCCCAACCAGUGGCCUUACCUUCACUGAGAAAACUAUUACUUGGUAUGUACCCCGCCACAUCCACCCACUUCUCACACCGAAUACCUGUGAGACUCUGGAGGUCUACAUGGGCAUUGAUGGUGAGCAGCUCAAUGAGUCACAGCUGCUCAGUAAGGGCUACUCUAUGUCUGUGACCGAUUCCCUAAUCAUCAUUGAAUUACCUGUGGGUGGACCUGAUGGCUACUACAAGAGCUGUGUUUCUCAGUCUCAGUACCAUAUCUUGUACUCCAUUGAGGCUAUGGUUGUGAUUGUGUGGAAGGAGGCAGGCUCUGACCUGCUAACCAAAUAUAAGGUCUUGUAUCCCAUCACCACCCCUCUGAUGCCCAGACCUCCACAUGUGAUUGCCAAUACUGUUCCUGAAGAGCGUGUCUUUGAUGUGGUCUUGGGGACCUUCCAUCAAGAUGUGAUUCUGAUGAACAUUACCUUUUCCACUGGUGUACUAACCGUUGUCGAGGCCAACGCCAGAGGCUUCAAUGUCCAAGAGUUUCGCUUUCCCAAUGGUUCCAAGACCUUUAGUCUACGAGUGCCCUUCUCUGACCCUGUGGUUCUGAAGAGUAGCCCUAAACGGGAGCUCACAACCUACACCCUUUCUUUGAUCUUCGGCCUGGUGGUCCUGCCUGAGCAGUCUCCAUUCUCUCAUCCUGCUGUACUGGAUGUGACUCUUCAGGAUGUUGUGUUUCCUGUUGUAACUGGAACCUGUGAUGACGAGAACUACUACAUCACCGUGGCACAUGAAGGUCAUGGCAAUGACUUUAAAUACAUUGUGGGCAAGCGAGAGCUGACUGCUGACCUGGCCAGCGACUACAGUGUCCGUGUGAAUGCUACACACAUGACUAUGAGGGUCUCCUUCCUUUCAUCCGAUGCUGUAUUUACGUUCGUUAUUCCCACUGCUGCUGGUGGUCGACUGGACUUUAAGGUCAAUGAUCCAGUCAAUAAGUGGAGCCUCACUGACUUCUCUCUGGCUUGUACCUUUCCCAUGCCUUUGACUGAGUGCCAGCCCAACGGUACAAUGACUGCCCUGGCCCUGAAGGUGGAGUCUGCACCGAAUGUCAUCCCCAGUCAGCUCACCCUGAUUGACAAGUCUUGCAAACCAGUGUUCAGCAACGAUCGGUUUGCUUCCUUCUCUUUCACUGUUAACACCUGUGGAACAGCCCGAACAUUCUUAGAUGACUUCAUGAUCUAUCAGAAUCAAAUCACCAUGCCUAAUCAAGGCGUAAAGAAUGGCAAGACUGGUUCCCAACCAGAGUAUCGACUCACCAUCUCUUGUUACUAUGUGAAUGAUGACAUCAAGAUGAUUCCAUUCGUCCCAAAAGCUCGGGGAAUUGACGAGGAUCUAACCCAGAUUGGUACUGGGGAGAUGAGAAUCCGCAUGAGAAUAGCCAGAGAUUUCUACAACACAUUUUACUCAGAGGAGAACUAUCCUGUGGUGGAGUACUUGAGGCGUCCUCUUUACUUUGAAGUUGAAUUGAUGGACUCCACAGAUCCAGAGCUUGAGCUUUUCGUCGAGAGCUGCUGGGCAACACUGACAAACGAUAGGCAGUCCACUCCACGAUGGGACCUCAUUGUUGAUGGGUGCCCCAACCAAGAUGAUCGUUAUAUGGCAACAAUACAUCCUGUAACAGCUGAUGAUCGCGUCCAAUUCCCUUCCCACUUCAAACGCUUCGACAUGAAGAUGUUUUCAUUUGUCCAGGAUAAUGUGGUGCUUAGAGACCAGAUUUAUGUCCACUGUGAUGCUGCCAUUUGUGAUCGUAACAGACAAAGUGAUGGCUUCUGCUACAGACCAUGCUCUAGUCACCCUGACAAUCAGCCAAGCAAUUUUAAGAGCAGUCAAAGCAAUGCAAAGUUCUCUCCCAGAUCAAGAGGUCAACUCUCCUCUGGACGCAUCUUGGUAUCUAAAUGACUCCAAACUUUGUUCGUUACAUGAAUAAAGGGAUUGCCUUUAA